CUCGACUUCAGCCACCCACAUUCCCCUCCACAUCCAGUUCUGGAAGUUUACAGGAAGGCUGGGCUUUAGGGCGAGGCAACAUUUAUCAGAAUCGAGGUGAAUUCAUUCAUCUCCGACACACAAGAAACUUCUUCACUUCUGCUGAACACUCUCGCUUGUGAAAAUGGAGCCUUUGCCUGCAGCAAACACCCAGUUCUCUCUAAACCUGUUCAAGAAGAUCAGCGGAGGAAACGCAUCAGGAAAUGUGUUCUACUCUCCGAUCAGCAUCUCUUCAGCUCUCGCCAUGGUGUCGCUCGGAGCAAAAGGAAACACAGCGGCGCAGAUGUUUAAGGUCCUGGGUUUUACCAGUUCUCCCAAACCUGACGCAGCGACUCCAGCAUCUCAUCAACAAGCUCAGAAGCCCCAGAUUGCCUGCGGUGUCAAGGGUCAACAUGGACCGUCAAUGACGCAACAAACCCAGAAGUUUGAGAUACCUGCCGAACUCAAGAAAUCUCCUGCUCAGCUCACACCUGGACAAAAAACUGAGGAUCAAAUUCAUUCCAGCUUUAACAAGCUCAUGAGUGAACUGAAGAAACCAGGAGCCCCGUAUGUGUUGAGUCUCGCCAACCGUCUCUACGGAGAGCAAUCCUACCAGUUUGUUGAGAAAUUCCUUAAUGAUGCAAAAAGAUACUAUGAAGCCGGACUGGAGGAGGUGGAUUUCAAGAAGAAACCAGACGCUGUGCGUCUCGACAUCAACAAAUGGGUGGAGAAAAACACUCAAGGAAAGAUCAAGGACUUGCUCCCACAGGGAUCCAUCGAUUCAUUGACGAAACUGGUCUUGGUGAACGCCAUCUACUUCAAGGGGAACUGGGAGAAGAAAUUCCCAAAGGAAGCCACCAGAGAUGGACAGUUUAAGCUGAACAAGACUCAAACUAAACCAGUGAAGAUGAUGAAUCACAAGGCAGAGUUUCCUGUGGCUGUAAUCCCAGAGAUGAACAGUCAGGUUCUGGAGCUGCCGUAUGUCGGGAAGAAUCUCAGUAUGUUGAUCAUCCUUCCUGAAGAGAUUGAAGACGAAACCACUGGCCUUCAGAAGCUUGAAAAGGCACUGACUUAUGAGAAGCUGAUGGAGUGGACGAGACCUGAAGUCAUGCGUCAACAAGAAGUUCAAGUAUCUCUGCCCAAAUUCAAGAUGGAGGAAACCUAUGACAUGAAGAGUCUUCUGAUCAGCAUGGGGAUGGAGGAUGUGUUUGACCUGCAGAAGGUGAAUCUUUCAGGCAUGUCGUCCAACAACGACCUGGUGGUGUCGAAGGUGAUUCAUAAAGCCUUCGUUGAAGUAAACGAGGAAGGAACCGAAGCGGCUGCAGCCACCGGCGUCGUCGUGAUGACCCGAUGUCUGAGGAUCCCGCAGUUCUUUAACGCAGACCAUCCGUUCCUCUUCUUCAUCCGACACAAUCCAACCAAGAGCAUUCUGUUUUACGGACGCUUCUGCUCUCCGUGAGCGAGUCCUGCGCUGUGAGACCCUUCCAGCUGGUUUAGUUAGUUUAUCUGGUUAGAAUGCAUAGGAGAAACUUGGGACAACUAAAAUAAAAUAAAUAAUUAAAUUAAAUAUAAAAACUUACUUUGUUUUAUUUUUUUUAUUUCAGCUAGUGCCAAGGCAAAAGUCACAUUUUUGUUUAGUUUAAGCUGAAGUACUAAAAUAACUCAACUAAAUAAUCUAAACCUAAUUAAUAAUAAUAAAAACUAGAUAAGCAUGAAAUGACAAAAACAUAAAAUUAUUAAAACUUUAAAUUAUAAAAAAAAAAAUUUAAAUGAAUAAAAACUGAAAAUAUAAAAAUAUGUAUAAUAUUAUAUAAAUUAUACUAAAAUAGCAUUUCAGCUUUCAGUUGAGCAUUACAGUUUCCAUUGCUGUAAACACCCCGAACCUAAACAUUUAACAAUUGAUUUAUAUUCAUGAUAAAUGUCAUGACUCUUGACAUGUUUAUAAUUGAAGAUAUUAAGUGCAUUACAGUUGUCCUGGUCUCAUCUGUGGUUGAUAAUCGAGAUGUUGUGUUUUAGAUGGCUCUCUGCAUGUCAUAUGUAAUCAUAAGCAUCAAUAAACUUUAAGCACUUGUUGUUUCCUGCACUUAAUGAGGCUUAAAUAAGCCAAAUUAUCUUUAUGCCAAAGCUAUAAGACAAUAAAACCUGUUUUUGUUUCAAA